AUGUUCAUGCGGAGGGUAUCUAUAAUAAAGCCGCAGAAUCCAUUCAGAUGUCGUAGUACAGGUUUCUCCAGAUUAUUUGCGGAUAGUGUCAAGGCCCGCAUAACCCCAGUUAAACACAAUAUGAACUUGAAUAGGCUGAGCUUGAACACCCUUUUGGAUGCCAACCAUACAAAGGCAUUGGACGACAAAUUAAUGGGUCACAAGAUUCUUCCUUGCUCCACAAUCACAGUUUCCGAAGCUUUUGACCUUAAAGAGUUAUUUCGGAACCUGAAUAGCCGGAAAUUUCAGUGCUCAUUGAUCGUGCCCGAUGAGAUGAUCCACGUCAAGUAUGAGAGGAAUCCGGAAGCUACAGGAACAAAUGAUAGUCAAUUCCAUGAUAUCUUGUUCCUCCACACAGGUACGGUAGUUGCAUGGGGUCUUACCGAGAAACAGGUGGAGUCUAGUAUUCUUCCCCUGGCUGAAUCGUCCAUUGUGACAAAAUAUGAGCCAGAGAGCGAAGACAUGGAUUACAUCGAAAUAGAACCUCAAACUUCAGAUAGAAAUUCGGGCUCUUACAUGGCUGGUGAUGUCAUGGUGAUUUCGGGAUCUCACUAUAAUGAUAGACUGCUUGACAAGAUUGCAUUUGCCUAUGGACUGGCCAGAUCCACCAGAACAGCGGUCAUCGAAUCGUCUUUGGAACGACACAUCCAGAUGACGAAAAAAACCACAGAGAACCUUUCAACUGGAAUCAAACUGGGCGUAGAUGCUAAGGAGGUGUUGAAAUCAACUGGUCGUUUGUUACUGCUCCGAGGAAAGUUGAACCUGUACUCGGAGCUGAUUGAAACCCCUGAUCUCUACUGGUCAGAGCCUCAUCUUGAGAAGAUUUAUAAAGAUAUCUCUAAAACAUUGGAUGUCAAUCCCAGAAUCAGCAUUUUGAAUAGAAAGCUAGACUAUGCAACCGAGGAAUCUAAAUCAUUACUGGCCACAUUGAACGAGGAGAAGAGUGUUAGAUUGGAAUGGAUUAUUAUCUACUUGAUCAUGAUUGAAGUAUGUUUUGAAAUUUUCCAUUUUUAUGAAAGAUAUGUGGAUUAUAAAACCAAAUCAACGUCGACAGAGCAUGUUUAA